AUGGCGAAGACGCGGACAGUGCCGCGUGGUGGCGACUACACGUGGCCGAUUGUGUCGUUUCUGGCCCUCUACCUUUGUGGGGCCCUCUCCGUGAUUGGCUUCGAUGCGCUGAGUGUCGACUUGACAGCCCUGCAAAGCACAGCUGACAUGCUCGGGAUGUUCCAGAGUGACAGCCCCUCAGCAGACUCUGCUUCAGCGCCUGCAUCACCGAGAACUCCCCCAGAGAUGUCGCAAGAGCCUUCCAUCGUCGCGCCCUCCCCCAUGCUGAUGGAGUCUACUGCGAAGAUCCCGAUCGUGGACCGCAAGGAGCUUAAGUUUAUCUUCGUCACGCAGACUGGAGGCGAUGUCGUCAAGGAGAUGGCGACCAUUCCUCCUCAUCGUUUUGGGCGCAGCCCGGAGGAGCCAGGUUAUCGCUUCUUUGAGGACUUCCGCCAUGUCUCUGCAGCGAGGCGGCGCAAGUAUGACUGGUUCUUUGUGGUACGCGACCCGGUGGACCGCUUUCUCUCCUGGUACGCCUGCUGCUCGAAAGCUGUCGACCACACGGUCGAAGAGUUCAAUGACUGGCUGCAAAAGAACCUUCGAUCAGGAACCAAGGGCGCCUUCACCCGUAUGACCGACUACGUUGACCCGGAUUACGCUGUUUUGCAGCACGUGAUCCGCUUUGAAAACCUGGAGACAGACCUGCGGCACCUUCUCCCAUUCUAUAACUUCAGUUUGGCCAUGUUCCCGGCAGAAGCAAAAGAAGUCCUCCGGUUUGGCCGCCAAGAUAUCAGUGAGGAGACGAUGAACUUCAUCCGCACGUACUACAUGGGAGACUUUGUGAGCUUUAACUACUCCGUGCCAUGA